GCUUGAAAUGCUGACCUCUGCUGUCAUGUUUAAACGAAAGUAACGUACAAGAAGAGGAAAUCUAGAAGGAAAAUGUAAGGCUUCAGACUUUAAUGUACGUUAGGUAACGAUGUUGUACUCAUGGGGAACAGCUGAUGAAGAGGGAUUUGAUGUGGCCACAACAGAGAACACAAUUCAAGAUCGCUCUACGAUAAAAACCUUGUGCCCAAAUCCUACGAUCCUGGAUGAACCGACGGGAAAAUAUCUGGGAUUCAUUGGCGAUGAUGGAAAUGUCUCAGUCCUUAAAAUGUGUAGAGACGGAGAGAUCAAAGCCAAGAUGGAAAACUUUAACCUAAAGAAAGACAAGAUUAAACUGAUGAAGAGUGGACAGGCUCGUGCGCUCCUCCUUAAAUCUGAAGGAGAGAUUCUCUUCAUGGAGAUUUCCUGCAGCAGGAUCUUCAAAAAUCUCUGUGACAGACAGGUUACACAGGUGGCGUGUGGAAACCAGCACUCCAUUGCAAUCAUCAGUGAUGGUCAGUUGUUGGUAUGGGGUGUAAAUAGCCACGGUCAGCUGGGUUUAGGAAAGGGAGAAAACCUCAUCCGUUCCCCUCAACCUCUCAGAUCCCUCUGUGGGAUCCCAGUAACUCAGAUCAGUGCUGGAGGAGACCACAGCUUCGCCCUGUCUCUCUCUGGAGCUGUGUUCGGCUGGGGGAAGAACAACUCUGGACAGCUCGGCCUGGGAGACACAAAAGAAAGAGACACUCCAACUUGUGUCAAGAGCUUAUAUCUGAAGAAAACAAUCUUUAUCUCAUGCGGGGAAGAACAUACUGCUAUUCUGACAAAGGGUGGAUUUGUGUUCACAUUCGGAUCAGGCAAGUAUGGACAGCUCGGACACACUUCACUAAGAGACGAGUAUCACCCUCGGCUGGUUGCUGAACUUAUGGGGUCAAAGGUGUCUCAGAUAGCGUGUGGAGGGCACCACACCCUUGCAAUGUCUGAGUCUUUGAAUGUGAUCUACUCAUUUGGAUGCGGCGAGCAAGGGCAGCUGGGAAAUCAAACAAUAGAUAACCAAUCUGUGCCUUUACCCGUACAUCUGCCUUCAGGCCAAAGUCAUGCAUUAAAAGUGAAGAGAGUUCUGGCAAGUGGGAACAUUUCUUUUGCCCAAAUCUGUCAUGAACAGAACCAUGUAACAGGUGUCAUAACUCAUAGUGUGUGUCCAACACUAGAUGACCAAAUGAUUGACAGGUGGAUGAAAGAAUGUGACACAGAUGCAUGGAGAGAGAUCGCAAGGGAAAUCAAAAAGGUGUUUUCCUCGCCGUCGUGUGUAAAUGGGAGUUUUAUUGAUAAAAGCCAUGACAAACACUUUCAGACUUCAAUGGAAUAUUCCGGUCUGGAUCUUUCCCUGGCUCGUCUUGCCUUUGAGAAUAUUGCCAAAAAGACUAAAGUCUUAUUAGAGGUACAGCACACAGUGUUGAGAAAACUGCUUCCAGCUCUGAGCGUCUGUCCGGCCGGUGUGGAGGCUCUGAGAGUUUAUCUCAUCCUGCCCGAACUCCUCCGAGUCCUCCAGCAACAAAAACAACAAAAGCAACUGGCUGCAGAUUUGGCUCAUGCCAUCCUAAAACUGGAUCCAUGUGACGCCCUGGAGAACCUGUGGAGGAGAAUGCCAUAUUCAUUCUUCAGGACUCUUGUGAAAACCUUUCAUUCAGAAUCGACUAAACUCGUAACACAAAUGACAACGCAACAAUGCGACCACUGGGAAUCCCUGAUCAUCAUUCUUUCUCUUCUCAAGCGAUUAUUUUUGGUUAACAGGCAAAGGAAAUGCGCUUUGAUGGAAAGUCAGUUUUGUAUCACUGAAGUCGCGGACCUGAUAAGCAAUGCCUACGAAGGGAAAAUCUUUCAAAGAAAUAUUGAAAAGUUGAUCCCUUUCAGUUUCCUAGCUGAUACUGCAACUAAACAGAGAAUAUUUAUCUACUCACAGGCUAAGCUCAUGCAGGCAGACGCAGGCUCAGCUAGACCGCCUGUUGUCUUUCCCAACAUGUGCAUAAACAGACAGUCAGUGUUAAAGGACACACUGAAGUAUCUCAAACAAGGCAUCUACAAAUUUUCACAACCAUUAAAGGUUCUAUUUAUGGGGGAGAGAGGCGUUGAUUUUAGUGGCUUAUCUGCUGAGUUCUUCUCCCUCCUUGCAAAAGCUUUCGUCACAUGGGAGAAAAAGCUGCUCAAAGUCUUUGAGGAUUCACAACUGGUUUGGUUCAAUCCUGAUAUUUGUGAUGUGACAGAUUUUUAUUAUCUUGGCAUUAUCUGUGGAAUGGCAUUGUACAACCAUCACUUCAUAAACAUCAACUUUCCACUGGCAUUGUUCAAAAAGCUGCUCCGCAUGAGUCCCACUUUAAAUGAUCUUGAGGAACUGACACCAAUAGAGACCAGAGGUUUGAAAGAUCUUCUGAUGGAAGAUGAAGAAGAAGUAGUGGAUGGACUCUAUUUGGUUUUCAUGGAGAAAGAAGAAGAGCUUAUUCCAAAUGGUGCUCAAACUCCAGUGACCAAAACUAACAGACAGAAGUACGUGGAUUUGUAUGUGGACUUAAUUUUCAACAAGUCUGUGAGGAAUCAGUUCGAGAAAUUCGCCGAGGGUUUUUAUGAAGGCUGUCCGGUCAAUGCCUGGAAAAUGUUUCACCCUGAAGAACUCAGAGAGCUCGUUCAUGGUUGUCCUGCAUACGAGUGGGAAAACCUUCACAAAUGUGCCACAUAUGAGGGCUGUUCCAACUCUGAUGAACUAAUCAAGAAUUUCUGGAGCGUUUUCUUCGAGUUCUCUGAAGAGCAGAAGAAGAAAUUUCUCUUUUUUAUGUAUGGAACGGACCGUGUACCUGCUGGGGGUCUCUCAAAGCGGCUUCUGAAGAUUGUGCAGUUAAACCUUCCUGAUUCAGAUGAUCGUUUCCCAGAAGCCCAGACUUGUGUUGGCAAAUUACUUCUUCCCAAAUACAGCGAUAUUGACACACUUCGUAAUAAGCUACAACAUGCUAUCAAGUAUUGUGAGGUUUUUGGAAGGGUUUCACGUUCGGUUUGCAUUGAAGAAACGCGUCUCGUGCGUUCAUCAGAUGUGGAGAUGUUGUGUUAUUGGGGAGCGCAGGUCCGAGAGGGCUUCGGUCUGAUACAACCAGACAAAGUCAAACAUGUAAAUGAUGCUGUACGAUGCGCGUGUCUAAAGUCAGAAAUCCAGGACAUGUCUGCAGGAAGAUCUUUUGUUGGAUUCAUCCGAAAUGGGAAAGCUUCGGUCCUGGAACUGCGCAGAGAAUCCAAUGCUCACAAUGGCAAACUGAAACAACUAGAGCUAGAGAAUGAAGAAAUCACAUCGAUUGUCUGCGGAGGGGGUGGUGCAGUCUUGCUUUCUCGUGGAGGGAAGGUUAUUAUUAUGGAUAAAUCCACAGUGUGCAGACCUCUCAAAAACCUGGCCAACAUGCACGUGAUUCAGAUCUCAUGUGGAGACCAGCAUUCAAUGGCACUGACCCAGGAUGGUCGUGUUUAUGUAUGGGGUGAAAACUCUCAUGGUCAGCUGGGUCUGAAUGAAGGAUCUGGAUGUUUGACUCCUCAACACAUGACGUUUCUGGAUGGGGUUCCUCUGGCUCAGAUCAGCGCUGGUGGAGAUCACAGUUUUGUGUUGUCUCUCUCUGGAGUCGUGUUUGGAUGGGGAAAAAACUCUUCUGGACAGCUGGGACUUGGAGACACUACAGACAGACGCGUGCCCACAGUCGUAAAGAGCCUGAAUGGCAAGAAAACUCAGUUUAUUUCAUGUGGAGGAGAGCACACUGCAACUUUGUCAAAGGGAGGCACUGUGUUCACAUUUGGAUCAGGAAAGUUUGGUCAGCUUGGGCACAAUUCAUUUAAAGAUGAACAUCUUCCACGAGUGGUUGCCGAAAUGUGGGCCUCUAAAGUGUCACACGUCACAUGUGGGAGGCAUCACACGCUUGUGUUAGUCGCAUCAUCACAGCUGAUCUACUCAUUUGGAUGUGGGACGCAGGGGGAGCUGGGAAAUGGACAAAUGAUCAACCAAUCUGUGCCAUCACUUGUAGACCUGACAACUGAAUUGAAUGAUGAAUAUGGAAUGGGAAAACUCAUUGCCGGGGAGAAUCAUUCUUUUGCACUGUUUGUCAAGGAACUUGAAACUUCAUCAGCAAAUCCUGGGGCCAAUCCAAACAAGAAGAUUUUGACAUUAGAAGACACAUUGAUUGACCAUUGGGUGUCUGAAAGUGAUUCAAAGUCAUGGAUGACAACUGAAAAUGAAAUAAACAAAGUGUUCUCAUCCGCUGCCACUUUGAAUGGAAGUUUUCUCAAAACAAGUUGUGAUGAACAUUAUCGGACAUCUGUGGAGCUCUGUGGUUUGGAUUUUCACCUGGUUAAAAAAUCGUUUGCAAAAAUAUCAGGGAACAAAAAAGUGAUGUCAAAGGUUAUGAAGAUGGUUCGGGUUGCGCUUUUGCCCUCUCUUAACUCCAGUCCAUCAAGUGUUGAAGCACUAAGAGUUUAUCUUCUCCUCCCUGAACUCAUUGCCGUUUGCCAGGACGAACAACAGGCCGAGCUCCUUGAAGGGCUCGCCUCCAAAAUUCUUCAGCUGAAACCUGAUGCUCUUAAAGUGUUGGAAAAUUACUGGUCCAAACUGCCUGCCGAAUGUCUCAAAGGCUUGGUGAAGUUAUUUCAUUGUAAAUCUGCUGAGGUGAUUGGUGAGAUUUCUCUUCUUGAAAUAGACCGGGAUGAACCAAAACAACUGCAGAAAUUUCUGCAGGUCCUUCAGAUGCUCUAUAAGGUCUGCUGGAGUACCCAAAAUGACAUCCUUAACAGAGAUUUCAUCAUUCACGAGAUCAGUGGUGUCCUAGACGUAUUGCAACUCAUCCAAGAAGGUAUUGGGAUCUGUUGGUUUGCUUUGGGCUUUGUUCUUGAAGAAAUACUGGAUCAGGAAGACCGCUAUCUUAGAACUAUUAAAACAUUGGCCCGUUUCCCUUGUGUGGCUGACACUGUAUCUAAACAGAGGAUCUUUACUUUUUUACAGAACCACAUGAAGAGAUCUUCAGAACCACUCUUUUCUUUCUCUGGCAACAAUCUGCAUGUAAACAGGCACACAGUGUUGAAAGACACACUUCGGUAUCUUAGACAAGGCAGCUACUCAUUUCACCAAUCACUGAAGGUGACGUUUGCAGGUGAGAAUGGGAUAGAUGCAGGUGGACUUUCUGCGGAGUUCUUCUCCUUGCUUUCCCAUGGUUUUCUCACAUGGGAAAAGAAGCUCCUGGACGUCUUUGAAAGUUCACUGGUGUGGUUUAAUUCUGAACACACACACAAUGAAGAUUUUCACUCUCUUGGAGUUAUCUAUGGAAUGGCGCUGUUCAACCAUCGAUACAUGAACAUAAAUUUCCCACUAGCGUUGUUCAAGAAACUACUCGACCAGAGUGUCACUCUGAACGAUCUGGAAGAGAUAUCUCCUACAGAGGCCAGAGGUUUGAAGGAUCUUCUCGAGGAGGACGAGGAAGUUGUGGAGAUACAAUUCUUGGAUUUCACGCUCAAAGGGCAAGAGCUCGUUCCCAAUGGAGCACAAAUUCCAGUAACCAAAGUUAAUCGACAGAAGUAUGUGGAUUUGUAUGUGGACUUCAUGUUGAACAAAUCAGUGAAGAAUCAGUUCGAGAAGUUUGCAGAAGGUUUUUCUAAAGGCUGUCCAGUCAGUGCCUGGAGAAUAUUUCACCCUGAAGAACUCAAACUACUUCUCCAUGGUUCUCCUGUAUACGAGUGGGAAGACCUUCUCAAGUGUGCUACCUACACAAACUGUUCUCCUUCUGAUGAGCUGAUCAAGAAUUUUUGGACCGUUUUCUUUGAGCUCUCUGAAGAAGACAAGAGGAAAUUUCUGGUUUUCAUGUAUGGAACGGACCGUAUACCUGCUGGAGGUCUCUCAAAGUUGACUCUGAAGAUUGUGCUAUUAAACGUUCCUGAUUCAGAUGAUCGUCUCCCAGAAGCCCAGACUUGUUUUGGCGCAUUACGUCUUCCCAAAUACAGCAAUAUCGACAUACUUCGUAACCAGCUAAUACAUGCUGUCAGCUUUUGUAAGGUUUUUGGACGGGCGUGGUUUCAUUCAUCAGAUGUGGAGAUGUUGUGUUAUUGGGGAGCGCAGGUCCGAGAGGGCUUCGGUCUGAUACAACUAGAAAAAGUCAAACAUCUGAAUGAUGCCGUACGAAGCGUGUGUCUAAAGUCAGAAAUCCAGGACAUGUCUGCAGGAAGGUCUAUUGUUGGAUUUAUCCGGAAUGGGAAAGCUUCGGUCCUGAAAUUUCGUGAUGAACCCAAUGGUCAUGAUGGCAGACUGAAACCCGUAAAGUUGGAGAAUGUCAAAAUCAGAUCAAUGGUCUGUGGUGGAUCUGGUGCAGUUCUUCUCAGUCAAGAGGGAAAAGUUUUCGUUUUUAACGGAUCUACUUUGUGCACUCCUCUCAAAGACCUGGCCAACAGACACGUGAUUCAGAUCUCAUGUGGAGACCAGCAUUCAAUGGCCCUAACUCAGGAUGGUCGUGUUUAUGUAUGGGGUGAAAACUCUCAUGGUCAGCUGGGUCUAAAUGAAGGAUCUGGAAGUUUGACUCCUCAACACAUGACGUUUCUGGAUGGGGUUCCUCUGGCUCAGAUCAGCGCUGGUGGAGAUCACAGUUUUGUGUUGUCUCUCUCUGGAGUCGUGUUUGGAUGGGGAAAAAACUCUUGUGGACAGCUGGGACUGGGAGAUACUACAGACAGACACGUGCCUACACUUGUAAAAAGCCUGAAUGGGAAGAAAACUCAGUUUAUCUCAUGUGGAGGAGAGCACACUGCAACUUUGUCAAAAGGAGGAACUGUGUUCACAUUUGGAUCAGGAAAGUUUGGUCAACUUGGGCACAACUCAUUUAAAGAUGAACAUCUUCCACGAGUGGUUGCCGAAAUGUGGGCCUCUAAAGUGUCACAGGUCACAUGUGGGAGGCAUCACACGCUCGUGUUAGUCGCAUCAUCACAGCUGAUCUACUCAUUUGGAUGUGGGACGCAGGGGGAGCUGGGAAAUGGACAAAUGAUCAACCAGUCUGUGCCAUCACCUGUACACCUGACAACUGAUUUACAUGAUCAAUAUGUAAUUAAAAAAGUCAUUGCUGGGGAGCACCAUUCCUUUGCACUGUUUUACAAGGUAUCUGAGAAUGACUCAACAAAUCCUAAACCCAACCAAAGCAGACGAAUUAUGACUUUAAAUGACACAAUGAUUGACCAUUGGGUGUCUGAUUGUGAUUCAAAGUCAUGGAAAGCAGUUAAAAAUAAAAUCAAAAAAGUGUUUUCAUCUGCUGCCUCUUUGAAUGGAAGUUUUCUCAAGACGAGUUGUAAUGAGCAUUAUCAGACUUCUGAGGAGUUCUGCGGUUUGGACUUUGACCUGAUCAAGAAAUCCUUUGCAAAAUUAUCAAGGAGGGAAGGGAUGAUGUCAAAGGUUGUAAAGACGGUUCAGGAUGAGCUAUUGCCUUCUCUUAACUCAAGUCCAUCAAGUGUUGAAGCUCUAAGAGUUUAUCUUCUCCUCCCUGAACUCAUUGCCGUUUGCCAGGAUGAACAGAGGGCUCAACUCCUUCAAGUGCUCGCCUCCAAAAUUCUUCAGCUGAAACCUGACGCUCUUAAAGUGUUAGAAAAUUACUGGUCCAAACUACCUGGUAAUUGUCUCAAAAACUUGGUGAAGUUAUUUCGUAAAGAAUCUGUCAAGCUGAUUGGCAGGAUUGGCAUUGACAAAAUCAACUGGGACGUACCGAGUCAUCUGGAGGAGCUUGUGAAGAUCCUACAGAUGGUCUAUAAGGCCUGCUGCAGUGCACAGAAUAAGAUUACAAGGAGUGUUUUUAUUAUUCAGGAAGUUAAUGAUCUGCUUGAUAUGCUGCAAACUACCAGUGAGGAUCUUAAUGAUAACUGGUGGAUGCAUAACUUCAAUGGAAACGUCGUUGCGUUGAAUGAGCUGAAAAUGUACUAUGUUGACAUUGUAAACAAGCUAAAAGUAUCUCCAUGCAUCUUUAACCUUGAAGCCAAAUGCAGGCUUUGGAAAAACAGAAUGUGGACGGUGAAUGUGACUUUCACCUUGACCUUAAGGCGCACAGCGCUUUUGGAAGAUUGCUUCAAUCAGUUGAAAACAGCCACUGAUCAACAACUCAAAGGAUGGCUGUCGGUCUAUUACGCUGAGGAUCUUACAUAUAGAUCAGAAGUUAACAAGAGAGACUUUUUCAUUAACGUGUUUAAGGAGUUGCGUGAACCAGAUUCACAGUUUUUCAUUUACAAUGACAACAAAACUAUGAUGUGGUUCCCAACAAAGCCAAGUGUCCAGAAAGAGAAGUACUUCCUGUUUGGGAUUUUGUGUGGCUUGGCCUUAAACAACAGUUGUGUUGUGCACCUGCCGUUUCCUUUAGCCUUGUUCAAGAAACUUUUCAAUGUCAAACCAUCUCUUGAAGACCUGAGGGAGUUUGACCCACUUCUUGGCAGGAGUUUGGAGUAUGCUCUCAACUACAGCGAUAAUGUUGAAGAAAUGGAUAUGAACUUCACGAUCGAGUGGGAUGAAACUGUAGUGGAAUUGGAUCCGACUAAUCCAGGAAAACCUAUCACAAAUUACAACAGAACAGACUUUGUGGACAAGUAUGUGGAUUAUGUUUUCAAUAAGUCCGUGGAGGAGACGUUCGAUGAGUUUAGGAGAGGUUUCUUUAAAGGGUGCGACAGUUCCUCGGUGGAGAUGUUGGAACCUAAGGAGCUGAGAGAGGUGCUGCUGGGCAAUGAAAACUAUGACUGGGAUGUACUCAAGCAGAACGCCACCUAUGAAGGAUUGUUUAAUGCCCAGCAUACGACCAUAAUCUCAUUUUGGGAGGUGUUUGAAGAACUGACAUCAAACCAAAAGAAGGCCUUCCUAUUGUUUUUGACAGGGUUUGAGCGAGUUCCCAUUCUGGGUAUGAGUCAGGUGAAGAUGAGAGUAAGAGAUCUGUUCAACUCCACUCAGGAACAUCUACCACAGGCCCUGACUUGCCACAGCCUGUUAGAGCUUCCUGUUUACCAGAGCAAAGCAACACUUAAAGAGAAACUCAUUGAAGCCCUUAACCACAGGAGGGGUUUCUGGGAGGAAUGAGACUGGAGAACACCACCUGAUCUCAAUUGUAGUCCUCUGUUGCAUUACAAAAGUUAAUGAGUUUGGCUUAAACGUCAGCUUUAGUUUAGUUUAUCAGCUUUAUUUUCGUUUCAUUUUAUUUAUUCAUUUAGCAGAUUCUUUAAACCAAAAUGACUUACAAAUAAGGGAAUUUAACAUUUUGACUUAAAAGCCAACAGUAUACAAAGCUUUGUUUAUAAGUAUAGAUAUUAUUAUUAAAAAAAGUAAGGAAUAAUCAAGGGGCAUAUUGUCACCAAUGGUUUUGUAAUAAACAAUAAUGACUUUAUUGAGUAGAAUUAUUCUGAUAUUAGAAGGAUUUUUUUGUUCGAAUUUUACACUUUUAUUUCAGUAGAUGGUAGUAGAUAAUCUUUGGGUGUCAAGUUUUUUUAAUUUAUUUAAAUAUUAAGUUAUUUGAUGUGUUACAUUUUUUUAUUCAAAUUUUAUUUUAAUAUUAAAAUCCGAAUAUGUAUUUAAUAUAUUAAAAUGUUUGUCUUUAUCCCUGUUAUUUUAUGUUAUAUUUGAAAUAAAUCCUUAUUAAAUUUUUUA